AUGGAGAAAAAUAGAAUGAUCUUGAUAUGUGCUUUUCUCGCAGUAAUUGCUGGAGUUACACAACAUUUCUAUUUCUCUGACAAGAUUCUACCUAUGAAAUUACCUCCCAUUGAAGGAAUACCUGUUGAUAAGAAAGCUUGGGGUACUUACCGAGCACAUAUGUAUUUUGGAAUGAGAUUGAAAGACCGACGUUCACCUUUGUUUGGAAUGCUCUGGAAUCAUCAACCGGAUGUCGUGGCUCGCCCAAACAUACGACAUUGGUGUGAGCACGAUGAUGGCAUAACUAGUUAUGGUUGGGAUGCCGCUGAUGGUAGAACAUUUGGUGUUCAAAACAUUACUGACAAAACUACUUCUAUCAAAAUUGAAUGGAUUAAUCACAAGGACACCUGGACAGCUCGAGUUAAAUCAACACCUAUUAAAGGUUUCCGACAUACUUUCAUGUUCUACUUAGCUUCACAACAAAGAGAAGAUCCAUCAACCAAGUUUCAUCUUGGUGAUGACUUGUCUGAAAUUUUCCAUGUCACUGGUGCUAGAUACGGUGGAUCUAAACUGUCUAUCAGCUUCCCCCAAAAGAACAUUUUGCAAACAAAUCUGGUCUGGGAUGGAGAGUUCAGUCCAGUGAACAUCAAAGAUCUGAUUUUACAGAAUACCGGAGCAAUUGAAUCAGAUGAUGGGAAGCUGAUAUAUCAGUUAAAUCCUCAACAUAAUUUCAAACAAGGAAAGUUUAUAGCCGUUCAAUUCAACGUUCCUGGGGAUGUUACUUUUGAAAUCUCCUACAGUACUCGCAAUACUCAAGCUCUCUCGGCAACUGCAUUCACUAAAGAACUUCAAAAACGUGUGAAUAAUUUCAAUAGAAAAUUUGAAGAUACCUUCCAUCUCGAGAGUAAGGGAUACACAACAAUGCAGUUGAAAAUGGCAAAAGUGGCAUUAUCAAAUAUGUUAGGCAGUAUUGGUUAUUGGCAUGGAGAAAAUAGAGUAGCUCUCGGGAAAGAAGUGAAGAAGUACGGACCUCACUUGCUCAUAUCGGCUGUUCCUUCGAGAUCCUUUUUCCCAAGAGGUUUCCUUUGGGACGAGGGCUUUCACAAUAUGCUGAUUUCAACUUUCGAUCCUGAGUUAACUUUGGAGAUUCUUACUACAUGGCUUAAUGUGAUGAAUGAAGAAGGUUGGAUUCCUAGAGAGAUGAUACUCGGCGAGGAGAGCGAGGCUAAGGUUCCUCCGGAGUUUAUCAUUCAAAGAACUGAUGUUGCUAAUCCACCAAGCAUUUUCUUGGUAUUCAACGAGCUUGUGUCUAACUCAGCGGUUGUUCAAAAACACGGAAAACUUUUGGCUGCUAUGUACCCGAAACUUGAACGAUGGUUUAAUUGGUUGCUCACUUCUCAACGGGGCAAGAAGAAAGGCACUUUUAGAUGGCGUGGACGUAAUGAUACUACUGAGCUGGAACUGAACCCAAAAACUUUAGCAUCUGGGUUAGAUGAUAUUCCUAGGGCAAGCCACCCUUCUACUGAUGAAUACCAUCUGGAUCUGCGUUGCUGGAUGGCCAUUUGCAGUAAAGUUAUGGCAAAAUUGUCGUCGUUGUAUGCUUCAGCAACAGAAGCUAAAAAGUACAAAGUGCUAUCUGAAGAACUCAAUGAUUAUAGCUCUCUCUUGAAUCUUCAUUGGAGUCAGUCAACCAAGGAAUUUUGUGAUUAUGGGAACCACAGCAGAAAGGUCAGGCUUGCCAAAGUGAUAAGUAAAAAACAGCCAGGAACGUAUACUAUUAAAAGGCAUGUAGAAGAAGAGCCGAGAUUACGUUUAGUUGAAGAUGUUUUUGGUUAUAAUAGUUUGUUUCCUUUGAUGAUGAAAUUGAUUCCCGCAGAUUCCCGGGAACUUACAUUUGUACUGUCGAAACUUCGAAAUACUAAAGAACUCUGGACUGAUUUCGGCUUGCGAUCUUUGUCAGCAUCUUCUCCCUAUUAUUCUGCUCGUAACACUGAGCAUGACCCACCAUAUUGGAGAGGAAACAUUUGGAUAAAUAUGAACUAUAUGGUCAUAUCAGCUUUAAAACAUUACUCGAAAAUUGAAGGACCUUCUCAGGAAACAAGUAAAAAACUUUACUCAGAGUUACGCGAAAAUAUAUUCAAAAAUAUGGCAAAGGAGUUUACACUAAACGGUUAUUUCUGGGAGCAUUAUAAUGAUCGAACUGGCAAAGGAGGUGGGACUCAUCCAUUCACUGGAUGGAGUUCAUUAGUUUUACUGAUAAUGGGUGAUGCAUCAGAUACUAUACUUUGA